CAAACGCAUCCCACGUUCCCCGUCGUGCGUAGGGUGUGAGUUGACGUCACCGGCGCUAUGGGAGAUUUAGAUGAAAGAGAGUUUGUCAAGAACUAAAAUAGCAGAAACAUAAAGGAGAGAGAUAGAACUUCAAAAUGAAAUUGCACAGAAAAAGAAGCUGUUGAAUAAAUGGUGACAGCAAGAUUCGUGUACCACUGCCUUCUGAAUUCAGUAGCAAGAUUAAUUCAAGGUCAUUUGAAAAUCAAAAUGAGAACAUUUAUUGUUGGAAUUGGAGGAAUCACAAAUGGUGGAAAAACUACACUUGCAAGCAAACUUAGGAAGGCUCUUCCAAACAGCAUGUUACUAUGUCAAGAUACAUUUUUUAAGCCAGCCAGUGAAGUAAAGGUCGGACAAGAUGGGUUUCAGCAGUAUGAUGUUAUCACAGCUUUGGACAUGGAAGCAAUGAUGAAUUCAGUUUAUGUCUGGAUGGAGAACAUACCUAUUGUACAUCCUGUACAAGCAUUUCCGGAUUUAUCAGUGAACAAAGUCAACAUCCUAAUAGUGGAAGGUUUCCUCCUUUACAAUUAUAGGCCCUUAAAUGAUGUUUUUAACCUACGUUACUAUCUGUCCAUUCCAUAUGAAGAAUGUAAGAGAAGAAGAUGUUUAAGAAUCUAUGAUCCACCAGAUCCACCUGGCAACUUUGAUGGACAUGUGUGGCCAAUGUACCUCAAAAAUAGAAAGGAAAUGGAAGAGAAAGUGUCUGACAUAAUCUACUUGGAUGGAACAAAACCCCCAGAGGUCCUGUUCGCACAAGUGCAUGAAGAAAUUUUAAGACAAGUUCAGAAACUCCAAGAUGCUGACAAAAUGACACCAUCGAAACAGGAUAUUGAAAAAUUGAAGAUUCUAGCGGACAAAUGACUUUCAGUACAGAGCUACAAAUGAACUGAAGGAGAUUUGGUGGAAAUCCAGAAACUGCAUUGGAAUGUGAAUAAACAAAGCUUUGCAACAAUCUGUACGUUAAAAUGUUACAUUUGAAUGCCUCAUUACUCUCAAUUUCACGUCCUGUUGGUCAGUAUAACCAUGGUGGACCGAAGGGUCUGUUUCUAUGCUAUAUGACUCUAUAAACGUUUAUAUGAUUUUCCAACGUAGGUUCAUACUAAUCAUUCAAAUUCUCUAUUUACCUGUAUCAAUAAUUGUAAAGAAAUCCAGGUAUAAUUAGAGGCUAUAAGAUACUAUAAUAGAUUAGAAAAUGCUUGUCCUAUGUUUUAAGGAUAAAAGCUGACUUCAUCUGGUUUGGUAAAAAUCUGGUCUGGGAAAACUUGGUGCUCCUCCAGUAGAACAUCCUGUGCUUAUAUAAAAGAAAAUACACAAUAAUCCAGUGCUUAUUGUGUUCAUAUCCUAACACAAAGCAGUUUUCUGAAAACGAUGAACAUGAUUAUGGAAAGCAUGAUGGGUUAGUACAAAUGAUGCUCACUAGCAGUGUGCUCAUGAGCUUCCUGCUGCUUCAUUCUUCUGGUAUGAAAAUAGGAAUCACUCAGGUAUUUUUCAGAUAAGAGAUUCACACCAGCACAUAGUAGAGGUCUUGCUGCUGUAAUGUAACAAUAAUGCCUCUUCUCUUCAUUAGGAUAGAACUAUCUCGCUAAACACAGUACAUUUCUUUCCAUGUAAAUGCUGUGUAAAUGUUGGCAGAUUUCAUUAAUAGCUGUAACAUUUAGUAAACUUACAUUCUCUGGAAGAAACAAAAUUAUACUUCAUUCUCUGAGAACUGUCAAUACUGUGAUUAACUUCCCAAUAAAUGUGAAAUGCGUGUUCAGU